AUGAAGGCAGAGGGCGGCGGUCAAGUACGGAAGGGCACCCGGGUCGACUGCCUCUUCGGUGACGAGUAUUUCAGAGGGAAGGUGGAUGAUACUGACGGCGGUGGCUCAAGCUAUCGAGUGAUAUUUGACGACGGUGACAUCCGAGAGGACGCACCACCGGAGGACCUGGAGAUUCCGCUUGAGCAAGGGUGUCGAGUGGAGUGCAUGUUUGAGGGUGAGGACGGCUAUUUCGAUGGUGUCAUCUCGACAGAUAAUGGGGACGCAACCUACAAGGUGGACUUCGACGACGGUGAUGUUCUGGAUGCUGCGCCACGCCAUGACAUUCGCGUGCUUUCCUGGCCGCACGAGGAAUCGGUACCCACCAAUGCUGUGACAGCGGAAGACAACUAUACCAACGUAACGGAGCAAGAGGGCAAGGCUUUGGACACCGGAUACAGCAAUCGCAGUCACAACGAGGCGGAAAGCGAAGGAAACCGCGAAGCGCAGAAAAAUGACGACAAUAGUAAAGGUAUUAGUGCGGCCCAUGGAGAGCUUCCUCCUCGAGAGGAAACGCACGAUCCGCCCCACCGACCGCAGCGGUUCUCGGAAGUCGGCGGCAGCGAGGAUGGGUACGGCAGGACGGGCGAUGAACCGGCUGGAACAAGUCAACAUGGAUCGUCACCGAGACGCAAUUCUAAGCAGAGAGAUAAAUCGGACACCAGCAAUAGCGACAGCGUCAACUACGGUGACAACGGUAUUGCGCAGGAAACACGGGAUUGCGAUUUCGGCCACGACAUCUGUAGUCGUGUGAAGGAGACGCGCUCGAGCACCCGAAGUGGUGAAGAAGACCCCGGGUCUAGCUCCGGAGAACCGCAGCGCAACCAUGAUAGCUGUACGGGGCGGAACUUAUGGGGGACACCGUCGAAUCGGGACGAGCCUACCGCUGAGCUGGUGCAGGCACCUUCGCUGUACGUGCCAACGUCACCUAACCCGUUGCACGCGCACCUGGAGGCAUUGGCGGCGGCCGCGCCGCAUCUUCUCGCGGAGGCUCCGCCGGAUUUUCGCCUCUCAGCCACUUCGCACCGAAUCGCUGCUCUCGAGGAACAGCUGCGGCAGCAGGUCGGAGGGGUGCUGUGGCCUUGUGGCAAGGGUGGUGAAGCGAGAGGAGAAGCGUGGCACCUUCCUGUGUUUUCCGCUAAAACGCCGCUACAUCCGGCGGACCCCUCGCUCUGCGGAAGGCCCGAACGGCAGGGGCGAUCUAUCCCAGAACAGGUGUCCGCCGAGGCUACCGGGAGCGGUGGUGAAGGUAGCUCGAGAGCGACCAAGGCGAGGGGAGGCGCCGCGGCACCGUCAUUUCCCGCCCACACAGAGCUCCGUCAGGUGGUGGAAGACCUCUCGACGCUCCGCAUGAAACAGGCAAGAAGUGCACAGCUUGCCCCUGUGAAAUUGAUGGCUGCCAGGGAAACCGUCGCUGCCGCCAUCAUGAUGAGUCGCUCGGUGUUCUCGUACAUUGCGCAGAUAGCUCUGGUGAGGCUAUGCUACGGGGACGCUUCGCUGGAGAUGGUCCAGGCAAUCGCAGACCUUGCCGACGGCUACGCGAAAGAAGACCUUUGGCCCCAGGCAAGCAACAGUGUCGUCGUUGGGCUAAGUACCCUCCACAGGGAGAGGUCACGUUCCACACGAGUGCACCCAUCAUGGGUCGUAAGAAGGGCGAAGCGUCAGGGUGAGGACAGUGUAAUGCCCCUUUUUCAAGUUGGGGAUGAGGAGCCUACUGAAGUGCUCGCGGCCGUUCCGUCCGUCGACGAGCUGUUGCAGGUGUCGAAUCACAUGGCGAGGGCAGCAGACAUCCUUGCGCGUGACAAGGGCUCACGUUUCCCGGGCACCGGGUUUUUCAUUGCCGCAACCCCUGGUGGCGGAACCUACGUGGACCCCCGUUUGCGUUUCGAGGAGCACUCAGGUUUACGGGGGGAUGAACCGAGAGGAGGGUGCACUGAAGGGCAAAGGGCACGAGGACUUGCGUUCCCAACAGAAAACAGGUGUUGUGCCAGGUACUCCGACCCGGCCUUGUGCCGCUCGAUAACCCCGGCGCGAGCUGCACGCCUGUUGCUGGAGUUGUUGAAGGGCCUCAGAUUGUCGGUGGUUGAAGGGGGUGAAAGGGGCCAGGUUGAGCGGGAAAAAUUCGAGGUGUUCCUCUCGACGCAUGAGGACAAGGCACUGCGAUCUGCCCGUCCCCGGCUGCUUCUAGAAGCCCAGAUGCCAGGCAACUGUGGGUGGGGCGCGGCCCUGGGUUGCUUACGGCGAAACUCGCCUUUCUUCAACGACCUAAACCUCAAGGUGACGGGGGACAUAAUCAUUUAG